GAUCCUACUAAAAUUAAGGGAUUUAUUAAGAUACAGUGGAGGUUUGGAGAUACACUCAUUGCUCAAACCAGGGGAACUGAGAGCUCAAAUACAUAUGAAGGUGAAGCUAUAUUCAUAGACAGACUGCAGUUGGAUCAUCAGACUGGAUCUCUCACCAUCAAGAACAUGAGAACCAAACACUCUGGACUUUAUAAACUACAGAUUGACCACAACACUGGGACCACAUAUAAGAUAUUCAAUGUUACUGUCAAUGAGUCUCCAUUUGUUGAUGCUAUUACAUUUGUAAUAAAGAACGAGUCAGUGAUGGAGGGAGAUCCUGUCACUCUUCAUGUUCCUCAACUACAAGGAAAUGAGCUGAUAGUGUGGAGGUUUGGAGAUGAAGGAAAACUCAUAGCUAAACAUGAUAAAGAGACCAAGAGCUCAUCAUUAUAUUAUGAAACUGAUGAGAGAUUCAGAGACAGACUGCAGCUGAAUGAUAAGACUGGAUCUCUGAUCAUCACAAACACCAGAACCACAGACUCUGGACUUUAUACAGCGAAGAUCAGCAGCAACAAACAGACUUCAUACAAUAGAUUCACUGUAACUGUCAGUGCUGUUCCAGAUUCAGGUGUGUCUCCAGGUGCUGUAGCAGGGAUUGUUGUUGUUGUUCUGCUGGUGGCUGCAGCUGUAGCUGCUGCUGGUGUGAUGUACUACCGUCGCCCCAGGACCUCUAAUCUACCAAACAAAACGUUGUCAGCGCUGGAGGGAGAUCCUGUCACUCUAAACCCUGAUCCUGAAAUACAGACAGGUGAUGAGAUACAGUGGCUGUUUGAAGAUGAAAACACUCUCAUAGCUGAAAUCAAAGGAGAGACCAGAGAGAUGACUACAUAUAGGGGUCCUGAUAUGAUAUUCAUGAACAGACUGAAGCUGGACAAGACGACUGGAUCACUGACCAUCAAGGUUAUCGCAAUUAAACACAAUGGACUUUAUACUCUGAAGAUCAGAAGAGGCAGAAAAACCUUAUACAAAAGAUUCUCUGUUUCUGUCAACGAGAGGAAUAUAACAGUGACUGAGGGAGAUCCUGUCAUUCUAAAGCCUGCUACUGAAAUACAGACCGGUGAUGAGAUACAGUGGCUGUUUGAAGAUGAAGACACUCUCAUAGCUGAAAUCAAAGGAGAGAACGGAGAGAUGAGUACAUAUGUUGGUCCUGAUGGGAUAUUCAGAGACAGACUGAAGCUGGACAAGGAGACUGGAUCACUGACCAUCAGAAACACCACAACUGAACACACUGGACUUUAUAUUCUGAAGAUCAGAAGAGGCAGAAAAAACUUAUACAAAAGAUUCUCUGUUUCUGUCAGAGAGAGGGAGAUAGAAGUGAUGGAGGGAGAAUCUUUCACUCUAAAGCCUGCUACUGAAAUACAGACAGAAGAUGAGAUACAGUGGCUGUUUGGAGAUGAAGAACAGCAGACUGUCAUAGCUGAAUUAACUGUACAGAAUGGAGAGAUCUGUAUAUAUGAUGAUGUUGCUGAUGGGAUAUUCAAAAACAGACUGGAGCUGGACAAGACGACUGGAUCUCUGACCAUCAAUAACUCCAGGACUGAACACUCUGGACUCUAUAAACUUGAGAUCGGAUUCAGAGAUGUGGUUUUAAACCAGACAUUCAUUGUUACUGUCAAAGAUUGCACAGGAAAGCGAGUGAAUGUGAAUACAGUCGCUGAUUCAAUGAAGCCACUGUUGAAUGAAGUGUAUGUGAAUGUAGUGAAUGAACAGGAGGGGACGAGUUCACUUUAAUAACAUAAGACCACCAGUGUCAAUCACUCUGACAUCAUCAACAUUCAGCUCCAGCUACAACAAAACAUUUUUAAUUUGAAAGAUGCUAUUUGUUAUUACUCUGACUCUACCAAAACAAAAAAAUAUAUUUUCAUCUUUUUUAUUUUGUUUGGCAAUUUUUUCAAUCCAUAAACAAAAAUUAUAGGCUCAAUUCCUACUCUUUCACAUUUUCUGAUUGAGGUUGACACACUGCUCAUCUUUUGUUUAACUGGCAAUACAAAAUGUGUCAGGUUUUUGAAACUAUAUGAAAAAUUCAUUUCUAUUGACUCAAGCUGACUCUUAAGUUCAGACAGCUCUCUUGCGUUGCUCUUUUUUUUGUUAUAAUUUUUCCCCUUAUUGUAAGCUACCUACCCUUUUAUUGUUUAAAUUUUCCUAAUCGCAUGUAUACAGUUAUUCUUACUUGUAUCUUCUUUUCUUUGAUCAUUUUCAUCUGUUUUUU